UGUCGACAUAGUCCUCUUCCUGAAAAGCAAAGUUCAGCUCAGACGAGUUGGUCAGAUGACUUUGCGUUUUCCUGUUUCUGCUACAAAUUACCUAUGUAUAAAAUGUCCUCAAACGCUUAAUCUAUAAUGACAUCAUCUGGAUUCUCCAACAUAGGCGACAGAUGUACUUCUGCAACAGAGCAGAGACUCGGCGGCGACGAGGAGGACCAUUGCAUAAUAUGCAUGGACAGUUUUCAGGAAAAGAUCACUUUAAAAUGUUCUCACUCAUUCUGUUCAAGUUGUAUUGACUCGUUUUUCAAAAUUAAGCCCGCAUGUCCGGUAUGUAAUAGUUUUCACGGGACCUACGAAGGAACGCAGCCCCGGAACGGGAUCAUGACAGUGAGACGCAACUGGCAGUGUUUACCUGGCUAUGAGGAGGGGAAUGGACAUAUCACGAUUGAUUAUCACUUUCCAGCCGGAGUACAAGGGCCUGAGCAUCCGAACCCGGGUGAGAAGUACUGCAGCACAUCCAGGACAGCCUUUCUGCCAGCCUGUGAGGAAGGAGAGAAGGUACUGAGGCUGCUCCAGACAGCCUUUCACAGGAGGCUCAUCUUCACCAUCGGGACAUCAGCCACCACCGGCCUCAACAACUCCAUCACAUGGAACGACAUACACCACAAGACCAACAUUAGUGGAGGACCACAGUUUUUUGGGUAUCCAGACCCGGGCUACCUCUCUAGGGUCCAGGAGGAGCUUCGUCUGAAGGGAGUGAUAGAGGAGAGCUGACUCCACUGGAGCUUCAUGAAACCAUAGAACUAGAAUUACUCUUAGUUCAAAUUCUAUACAUAUUGUCACACUCAGGAAUCAAACACAAGAUGAGAAGAGCAGUUACGGUGUUGGGGAAGCUACACUGAAAAUAUAGCUUACCAAGCUACCAAUUCACACUAGAAGCUUAGCUACCCUUAAGAAAAAUAUAGUUUCCUUCAAGUUACUUUGAAAAAGUAGUACACUACAUCAAAACUACUUUGUGAAAAAUUAUCAAAUUUAAAUCUGAAAUGUCAUAGACUACAAGUUGCAAGAACAGAUCACUUUACUGGUAAAAUGUUAACAGAAUGUGUAAUUUGGCCUAUUAAACAUAACAACUUAAAAUUAAGAAAGGAAGGUAUUGCCUAUUUCGCCCAUAUUUUCUUUUCUUUUAGCAAAAAACAGUGUGGGUUUUCAGUAGUUAGCUACACCACCACAUGGCAAAAAAAGUAAUUAACUACUGAAAACACUACCUAGAUUUGAAUUCAGUUAAACUACCACCAAGCUACUGUAAAAUGUAGUUAAAUUACUAGUUGAACUACAUGUAGUUCACUACUCCCCAACACUGAGCAGUUAUGAUUGUAGCCAACGGUUCCCAAAAAGGUUGGUUACAGACGUACAAAAAUAUCAUACCGCCAAGACAUGCUAUCCUCUCACCGUUACAAUAACAGGGUAUUUUUUUUAAAUAUUUUUUUUGGGGGGGGGAGGGGUACUGAUAGUUGUGCAUCUAGAAGUGUUAAGAAAAAUAUUUGAUUCUUAUUUACAAUAAAAGUCACUUCAAAAUGA